GCUAAGGUCACUCUCAUUCGGGGACUGCUCACAGCACACAGGCGUCUACAGGAAACCCGGAGAGAGGAACCGCUGAAGAGAAAAGCUUUUCAAGAUGUCUCUGUCAAACAAGCUCACCCUGGAUAAAGUGGAUGUCAAUGGAAAGCGUGUAGUUAUGAGGGUUGAUUUCAAUGUGCCGAUGAAGGACAAGGCCAUCACAAACAACCAGAGGAUCAAGGCUGCACUUCCAUCCAUCCAGCACUGUUUAAACAACGGAGCCAAGUCCGUGGUGCUGAUGAGCCACUUGGGCCGGCCCGAUGGCGUCCCCAUGCCUGACAAGUACUCUCUGGAGCCUGUCGCUGCAGAACUCAAGACCUUGCUUGGAAAAGAUAUUACGUUCCUGAAAGACUGCGUCGGUGCAGAGGUGGAGAGCGCCUGUGCCGAUCCUCCUGCAGGUUCCAUCAUUCUUCUGGAGAACCUGCGCUUCCAUGUGGCUGAAGAAGGCAAGGGCAAAGAUGCUGCAGGAAACAAGACCAAAGCAUCCCAGGAAGAGAUUAACGCUUUCAGAGCCUCCCUGUCCAAGCUGGGUGACGUUUACAUUAACGAUGCCUUCGGAACGGCACACAGAGCCCACAGCUCUAUGGUUGGAGUGGAUCUGCCUCAGAAAGCUGCAGGCUUCUUGAUGAAGAAGGAGCUGGACUACUUUGCCAUGGCCUUGGAGAAGCCACAGAGACCAUUCCUGGCCAUCCUCGGGGGGGCCAAAGUCAAAGAUAAGAUUCAGCUGAUCAACAACAUGCUGGACAAGGUGGACGAGAUGAUCAUCGGGGGCGGCAUGGCUUUCACCUUCCUCAAAGUCCUCAAGAACAUGGAGAUUGGCACUUCCCUGUUCGACGAGGAAGGAUCCAAAAUCGUCCAGGACCUGAUGGCUAAAGCCGAGAAGAACGGAGUCAAGAUCACCCUUCCUGUCGACUUUGUCACUGCAGAAAAGUUUGAUGAGAAGGCCACGACUGGAACAGCUGCAGUAGCUGAUGGCAUUCCAGCAGGAUGGAUGGGUCUGGACUGUGGGCCUGAGAGCUCCAAGCUUUUUGCUGAGGCUGUAGGUAGAGCGAAGCAGAUCGUAUGGAACGGACCUGUCGGCGUAUUCGAGUGGGAUAACUUCGCCAAGGGAACCAAGAACCUGAUGGACAAAGUUGUGGAGGUGACCAAAAGUGGUUGCAUCACCAUCAUUGGUGGUGGAGACACAGCAACCUGCUGUGCCAAGUGGGACACUGAGGACAAAGUGAGCCAUGUGAGUACAGGAGGAGGAGCGAGUCUGGAACUUCUGGAGGGAAAAGUGCUGCCUGGUGUAGAUGCCCUCAGCAGUGUUUAAACAUCUGGCACUUCAUUGUAAGGGCUGUGAACAUCUGCCCUCCCUGAAGAGGCUCUCUCUACACACAUUCAUUUCAGUCAGUGUACAGAGUCACACAUGAUAAAUGUCCCAUCUCUACUGAACAAACUGUAAACGUUAUAUUUUUUUCCCCUUCAUCGUGAACGUAAGGCCUCAGCUACGGAGUUAAUGCACUGUGCCCUUCUGAACGGUUUUCCAUUAAAAAAGCAAGAUUCUCCAGCUUGCUCGUAUUACAUCCUUUUAGCAUCGGGUUAUUUGUCUCACCUGCUGAAGCGUUAGUUUGUCUGUGUGUCAUCUUUAUAUAACCAGUAACUAUAUUCAGCAUAUAAAGAUGAAAAUCUUGUGUGUGUGUGAUGUAACCAUAGAGCUUUUAUUUGGUGCCCCUUUACCGAUGUUAAGACUGUACGUGAAACUGUAGACACUUUAUGUUGCACUUCUCAUCCUGGCCCUAAGGCUUGUAAAAUAAACGAGCUGCUCAGAAGACGUAUGCAGUCUUUGAUGGACUAUAAAUAAAAGUUUAAGAAAUGA